GCGUAUCUCGUGCACAAGGUCACCGGGAGCUCGUGCGCUGGGGGCUGUCAGCGCUGGGACAGUACGACGGUGCGCGCGCGCAGCGCGAGGACCCAGUUCGUUCUGCUCGCGAGAAGCUUCCCGAACGGAUUCAUAGCGAACCUCCAGCCCGUGGAAAAUGGCCAGAGGGAGUCGCAGUCGCCCGGCACCACCGGCCAGCCACCCAGCAGCCUCUCACCCCCCUGCCCCAGCCCACCCACCCCCUGCUGCCUUGGCCCCCAGCCCUGCUGAGCCCAAGCAGCCGGGCCUCAUGGCGCAGAUGGCGACCACGGCGGCGGGAGUGGCCGUCGGCUCGGCCGUGGGGCACGUGGUGGGUAGCGCCAUCACCGGAGCCUUCAGCGGGGGCGGCAGUGCUCCGGAACCCGUGAAGCCCGCAGCCCCUGCGCAGGAGACCCCCCUCGCAGACCCGUCCGCACCGGGACCCUGUCGCUUCGAGGUGCGGCAGUUCCUGGACUGCGCCACUACUCAGAGCGACCUGACGUUGUGCGAAGGCUUCAGUGAGGCACUCAAGCAGUGCAAGUAUUCCCAUGGUGUGACGUCACUGGUCUGAUGCUGCGGAUCCACAGAAGAGAAUAACUGAACUCGGCGAGACACUAGAGACGAGGCUUUAGCCACACAUUUAACCCUUUAUUUGUUGUCACCACUGACCACUGCUUUCUCUUUUCUGACUGGACAGGAGGUCAUAUUUUAGAAUUUAUAAUAUUGUACUUGAGUGUAAAAUAAAAACUAUUUAAUUCA